GAACACCUUCCAAGUCAACAACAUAGGCCUGGAACAUCGUGCACUCAUACUCCGUGUGUUAUCACGGGAACGAGUUUUGAUAACUCCACGGUUGCGAUUAAUAACGCUUCGUUAUUGGAGAAAACUCGUU